AUGACUCCAUUUUCAGCCGAAGAGAUGGCAUCUGCCGUUUCUGAGCUUGCAAAACUCAAGAAAAUACCCAUCACAGUAUACAUGAAAGACGGAGGAGCUAAACUUGAAGAAAAAAUUCGGGCGCUAUCUGAAAGAAUUGAUUUCACUCGUAAAAAUGGAUUUGCCCCAUCACAACUUUCACUGGCUGUGAGCUCCCCUGCCAUGGCUCGACUAAAAAUUCAGAAGCAGUUGCAAAUCGAUCAGCAUCGGGAAAAAAUGUCUGCGGAGCAAAUAGUUUUCCAAAAUUUUCAUCGGUCCUUGGCGAACCGUCCCAAACCAUCGGAUAAGGAAGUCACUCCAGCACAACUAACGGUUUCGCUUUUGCCGCAUCAAGAGACGGGAUUAAAAUGGCUUUUAUUCCGUGAAAACGAAGAUCCCGCAGGUGGCAUUCUGGCCGAUGAUAUGGGCAUGGGGAAAACCAUAACCCUCAUUGCGUUGAUCCUUCGACACAAGGAAUUAGCUGUAACUUCACUGAGUGAAACAUCUUACAACACAGCUGCAAUGAAUAGAUGUAUUGAUUCUGUGGAGUUAAAACAAAUCGUUGCCAAUUCAAAUACUAAAUCCCGUGAUGACAAGUCAAUGGGAGAUGAAAUCCAUCGUCGCUGUAAAAAGAACUGUUUAAAGGUUGCCAUUUAUCACGGGUCUUAUCGCAACCAAUUGGAUUCUAAAUUACAUCAGUACGAUGUAGUCAUAACGACUUAUCAAACAGCUCAGCGGGAAAUAGAUGGUGACGCUGUCGCUGGUGCUAGUUCUAAGAGUGUGUCCGUUUUAUUGAAGUUCGAAUUUGAAAGAAUAAUUCUGGACGAAGCCCAUACGGUGCGGAAUCCUAAUGCUGCGAUUUCGUUGGCAGUAUCUCGAAUUCGCGCUCGAAAGCGUUGGGCCGUAACUGGGACUCCAGUUCAGAACAAUCAAUCAGACUUCUAUUCUCUAUUACGUUUCAUUGGUUUUUCGCCAUUGAAUGAUCUCUCGGUAUGGAAAAAGUGGAUAACAGCUGCUGACGUUACCAAUGAUAAAAGGAAAGAGCGUCUGAAAUUGAUUACUGAAGCUAUACUCUUGCGCCGAACGAAAGGCCAAUCCAAGGAUAGUAGCAAUACUCCGCUUGUUGACCUACCCGCCAAAAACGUUCAUAACCAUGAAGUAAUUUUGACGCGAGAAGAAGACUUAAUCUACCAGAAGAUACUUACUGCAUCUCGCAAGGCCCUGAGCAAAAAGAGGGAUAUGGAAAAAAUCUUCGUUCACUUAUUGCGACUUCGACAAGUUUGUUGCCAUGCUUCCCUUGCCAUCACGGAAGUUCCCGUUUUGGAAGACGGAAUUGACAUCGAACCCCAGUCACUUGUUGGAGACGAGCUACUUUUGUCAUUGUCUGCUGGUGGAGUGGGGUUGAACCUCAUAGGAGGCAAUCAUAUUUUUUUAGCCGACUUGCAUUGGAACCCACAACUGGAGGCCCAAGCGGUUGACCGAGUUUAUCGUAUCGGACAAAAAAAACCGUUCACGUACAUCGCUUUGUAA